AUGGCAGAACAAGAUGUCAAGGUCAAUCUCUUCAUCAGCCGUCAGGGACAGAGCGCACUCCUGUGGAUCGAGGUUGUUGCCGCCCUUGGGUUCGUCGCCUUCCGAACGUGGAUCCAGUUUCGACACAACAAGAAGCUUUUCAGCAAUGAUUAUUUGAUACUCGUGGCCAUGGUGUUGCACUUCGUUUCAGCAAUCAUCUCGCAGCUCAUGAUACCGCCAAUGUAUGACGUACAAGAAUACCUAGCCUAUAUGCUCGUUGGUCAACAGCCGCCAGGAGACUUCACGAGUCGAAUGUUGUUGUAUUUGAAGUACCAGUUCACAGUCCUUAUUACAUUCUGGUGUACUCUAUGGGCGGUCAAGAUCAGUCUGCUGCUCUUCUUCUGGCGCAUGUUCGACUCACUACAUACGAGGAUGCGUAUCUUCUGGUACAUUAUGAUGUUCGUCGUUGCAUCGACACUGCUUACGACUAUCUUCCUUCAACUGUUCGCCUGUGGAUCACCCAGUGCCUUCUUCAAGCUUGGCGAGGAAGGCUGCAGUUCGGAUCGCGAAAUCUACCUAUCGAACCUGGUCUUCUUGUUCAGUGCUGGGACGGACAUCGCAUGCGAUGUGUUGCUGAUCAUUAUCCCGUUUCCGCUACUUUGGAAACUGCAGGUCAACGAUCGGCAGAAGGUGAUUUUGGUGGUCAUCUUCCUGCUACCCUUGAUUCCAAUCUGCUUCGGCAUUCUCAGAUUGGUCUUCUGCAAUCCGACAAGUGGUACGGUGAAUGUGGUGAAAUUUACAUUUUAUAGCAUGCUGGAGAACACCGCAGCAAUCAUAACCGGUUGUCUGCCAAGUUUGCGCCUGUUCUUCCUCCAGAAGUCUGGCGCCACUACGCGCGGAACUGCUGGAUACACUCACUCCGCCGGCAUGGGUGGUCGUGGCGGUUCGCAUACCUACGGCAACGCCAGUGCUCACGGCCUUGACACCAAGAAAUCCAUCUUCAGCUCCGUCACUGCGACAUUGACCGGCCAUCAGUCAGACAAGUCCGGCCACAUACCAUUGACCGAUAUUGGUGAGAAUGGGAGACUGUCCGAAGAGAGUCGGUCAAGGAUACUUGGUAAAGGAGAAGCAGAAGCCGCCGGCAAUGGCGGGAGGAGUAGCCUACCGAUGCAAGUAGUGGUCACAAGGGAGUUCAGUGUCAACGACGAAGAGCUGAGGCAUAGUUCGAGAGGGGCUGAAAGCUAUGGAGAUGAGGAAAGAGGACAUGGCCACGGAGUCGGAAAGGCUUGGUGA